GGGGCCGGGCAGGAAAGUGACUCUGCACCAACGGCUCAGGGAGCUCAGAUCUUGGAGCCCCUGGGAAUCUGCCCCCUUGUUACUGCCUGGAGGGCUGGGAGCUGAGUUAACAGCAAUUGAGCUGCUGCCUUCAGCUGUGGCCCCACUCCAGGGAUAAUAAUGGAGGCGGGGGGGGGUAUGAACAGGGCCCCAAAUGUCUCUGACUUUUUUCUCUAUUGGGGGUAGAAUUGUCAGGAAGGAAAGGGGUAAAAAAUAGGGGUGGAAAAGUGUGUGAAAUCUGAUUGCAUCAUCUCUGCACAGGGAGGGGGGAAAUAGAGGGACGAGUACUGGAUUUAUUCUUUACUGAGGGGUCCCUUCGAACUCCAUGAUGAUGGGGAAAGUCUCCCCCUUAUUAAAAUUCUGACUGGAAUGUGUUUGAUCCAUCAGAUGUGCCGGAUCUUAAGCCACUCAGUGCCUUUGUGUGACUGUUUCCGCGUGACCCCCUUUCUCGUGAAUAUCGUGACACCCCCUGAAAAGACCCACAUGGAUCUGUGGGAAGGAUUGGGGACCUUUGCGUUUUUAUAAUCUACUUGGCUCUAGUGAGCGGCUCCUGAACAUUCAGGUUUUGGGGGGAUAUUUGUGUUUGUUUCUCCAAUACACCCAUAUCUUCUUAGCUUAAAGAAAUCUUUUGCUGGGGGAGGGGGAAAGGUUUGGGAUUUAGGCAGAACCUGUGUCAUCUGGGUCUCCCUCUUGACCUGGCCUGGUCAGGACAUCUCUUAGACUUGUGGUGAUGGCCCAGGGAUGUAAUGGUGGAUCCCAGGAGACACGAUGGUGUAGCUUGCUCUUUCCUCUUCUUUCACACAGCCAUUGUUGUGCUUGCACUUCUCCCCAGCAAAGCCUUUUCUUUUACGGACCCCCAAAGGGAAUGAUGGCUAGACUAGCUCAUCCUCUCACUAUUUUAUCCACUGGGUGGGCCUGGUUUUCAACACACCAGUUUUGGUUCAUUUAUUUCUGGUCUCUCACUUUUCUUGUUUACCAGGCAUGAUCUUAACACAGUCCUUGAGUAAUAUCAGGAGGCCGUUUUGUUUGGACUAAUGCAGUCCAUCUGUCUGUCUCCCCUUUGCACCUUUUCCCAUUAAUAUUUGUUAUUGGUUACUGUCAUGGUUCAUUAAAUUUCACUCAUUUUUUUUACAGGUAAGCUCACAAUUAGGGUAAAUUUGUAGGCCCAAUUAUCACAACUUCUCUUUGGUUCCCAUGGAUGCUUUCACCCCAUGCAGUCCCAAAAACUCUGGAGUCCAGAGUGUCUGUCUGCAGGGAAAGAGCCUGGGAGGAAUCGGGGUGUGAAAUGGACUAACACCCCUUCUGGAACCUGCCCCAUCGCCUUUCUCACCCUGACAGGCUGCAGAAUCACAUCCACGUUUCGCUGCAGAUUGUCCCCCUCUGCCGGGAGACAGGGCAGGGAAAUGGCUUCCGCACAGCUGGUGCAGAAUGCAACACCGCUCACUGAGAUGCCGGUGACCUUCGAGGAUGUGGCUGUGUAUUUCACUGAGGAGGAAUGGGCUCUGCUGGACUCCAGUCAGCGAGCCUUCUAUGCGGAUGUCAUGCAGGAGAACUAUGAGAACGUGACCUUGCUGGGAUUUCUGAUUUCCAAACCUGACAUGAUCUCACAGCUGGAACAAGGGGAAGAGCCGUGGGUCCCAGAUCUCCAGGACUCUGAGGAAAGCAGGAUCCUAAAAGGUGCCCGCAUAGCAGGUGACUGGAUGGUGAGUGAGAAUGAGGAGGAGAAUCCCCUGCAGAAAGCUCAUAAACAAGUGGAGUUGCAUGGAAUGCUAUUGGGAAGAUCCACAGUGGAUGCUCCUGCACAGGGAGAAGCUGGUGGGAGUCAGCUUGGAUCAAAGGGGAAGAAGGAAAACCAUGCAGGGAAGGGACAGAGCAAAGCCACUCCCCAUGAGGGUGGUUCCAGAGACGUUCACAAAAUCACGGUCCAGCAGACCGGAGAGACACCAAAAAUAUGCCAGUACUGCGGGAAAAUCUUCAGCUGCAACUCGCACCUCACUAGACACCAGAGAACCCACACGGGGGAGAGACCCUAUGAAUGCCCCGUCUGUGGGAAAAGCUUCGGUCAGAGCUCGCACCUGAUUGUACAUGAGAGGAUCCACACGGGCCAGAGACCCUUCAAGUGCGACGAAUGCGAGAAAAGCUUCAAUAGCAGCACGCGCCUCGUUGGACAUCAGAGACGCCAUAGGAAGAAGAAACUCUCUAAAUUCCCUCUGUUGGCUAGAGCAAAUACCGUAUUUCCCAAUUCCUUGAGUAUCCAGCUACCUCUCUCUGGGGUCAGGGGGCAGCUGCAGGUGCCUCUGGUCUGCUCAGUGAAUCUCUGGGUCUGCCUCCAGUAUGUUGCGGGAAGUUAUGUUACCUCUGUAUUUGGCUGUGGCAUGACCAUUGCUGCACACUAUUGUGUUCAGACAAUGAUUAAAGGACUGGAAAACAAGCUGUACAGGGACAGAGUGAGCUUCUGGGGUCGAUUUUGCUUUGCAAAGGGAAGUUUAAGGGGUGUCUUGCUCAUAGUCUAUAGGUACCUACGUGGACAACAGAAAUGUGAUACAGGAGGGCUCUUCAUUCUGGCGAACAAAGGCAUAAACAAGUUCUGUCUGGAAGUUGAAGCCAAAUGCAGACAAGAAAUAAGCUUUGCAGAGUCAGAACCUCUGUGUGCAGGAGACAAACCUGGGGGGAGUCAAGGUGUGAAGUGGACUAAAACCCCCUGUGAUGCCUCCCCAAUCACCUCUCUCCCUGGCAGGCUGCAGAAUAACAUCCGUCCAGUCCAGCCACGUCGUCCCAGAAGCGAAAUGGCUUUAGCACAGCGUAUUCAGAUGCUGACAGCUCUGAAGGGCAGCCUGGAACUGGCCAGCAGCAAUUACUCUGGAGCUGUCUGUCAGCAGACUGGGAAAAGCAGCACAGCAGCAUCUGGGGACGCAGGCCAAAUCAUUUCUUAUCUUCCAGACUGGCUGGGAAGAGCAUUCAUCGUCAUGAUGCCCUGGCUCUCUGAAGCCCUGUCUGUUUUCGGGAACCCUGUUGCACUGAUGCCGGUGACCUUCGAGGAGGUGGCUGUGUAUUUCUCUGAAGGGGAAUGGGCUCUGCUGGACCUGGGUCAGCGAGCCCUCUACAGGGAUGUCAUGCAGGAGAACUAUGAGAACGUGACCUCACUGGGAUUUCUGAUGUCCAGACCUGACUUGAUCUGUCAGCUGGAACAAGGGGAAGAGACAUGGGUCCCAGAUCUCCAGGGCUCGGAGGAAAGGGGGAUCCGGAGAGGUGCCUGCACAGCAGGUGACGAGAUGUUGUGUAAGAAUGAGGAGGAGAAUCCUCAGCAGGAAGGACCUGCGCAAGUGAAAUUGUGUGGGAGGGUAUUGGGAGGAUCCGGAGGAAAUGUUCCUGCACAGAGAGAAAUUGGUGGGAGUCAGAAUGGAUCAAAGAGGCAAAAGGAAAAGGACUCAGGGAAGGGACAAAGUAAAUCCACUUCCCAUGAGGGUGGUUCCAGAGACAGCAACAAAACCACAGUUCAGCAGACCGGAGAGACGCAGAAAAUAUGCAUAGACUGCGGGAAAAUCUUCAGUUGCAUCUCGCACCUCAUUAGACACCAGAGAACCCACACAGGGGAGAGACCCUUUAAAUGCCCCGACUGCGGGAAAGGCUUCGGUCGGAGCUCGCACCUGGUUGUACAUGAGCGGAUCCACACGGGAGAGAGACCGUACAAGUGCGACGAAUGCGAGAAAAGCUUCAAUCAGAGCCCACACCUUAUUAGACACCAGAAACUCCACCUGAUGGACAGACGCUGUAAAUUACCUGCCUGGGGUGGAGUGAAUGCUGCAUUUCCCAAUUCCUUGAGUAUCCAGCUGCCUAUCGCUGGGAUCAGGGGGCAGCUGCAGGUGCCUCCAGGCUGCUCAGUGAAUCUCUGGCUCUGCCUCCUGUAG